CCGGGAAGAAAGACCCGGGCAACGCGCGCGCGCGCGAGAAGAGGCGGGAGUUGCGGCGGCAGCAGGGCGCCCCCUCCACAACAGCCCCAGAUAGGGGGUCGGGGAGGGAGAGAGUGUGGGGUCGGGGAAGCGAGAACGCCCGGCUGCAGUUCCUGAGCCCAGCCUGGGCAUGAGGAGCGACAGCUGCGAUUGCUGCAACGACGGCAGCCACCGCCUCCGUUUGCUGUAUCCCCAGGCUCGGCCUGCGCUCUUCCCUUGAGAGCGAACUCUUCCUCCUCUUGCUUCCGGCUUUUCCCGCCGCCUCAGGGGAACAGCCUGUGGAGGAGAUUUUAGGGUUGGGGAGGGGUGACUGAAGACCCGCCCUCUUAACUAGCCCCGGGAUCGUGGUUGUCUGCCUGUUUUCUUGUUUCAAGCUCUGACAUAAAUCUCGCUCUUGUGUUAAGUGUUGUGUGUAUGAGAGAGAGGCCUCCCUCCCGCUUUCCUUCCUCGACCCCUCCCCUCACCCUCGCCCAACUCCUUCCCAUCACUCUUCUGCUGUGUGUAGUUGGGUUUAGGCUGCUACAUUACCUAGAGUAGACCCAGCCUGACUUAAUCCCUCCUUCUUCUGCUUUACAAACUUGUGUAUGACCUUUGUUACCGUUUUCCAUACCUCAGAGACUAGGGCUGAUUGGUUUAUUGCCUACCUUCAUCCUUCAGGCCUGUUUCUUUUUCCUAAGCAGCUCUGGCCCUCUUUUCACCUUCACUUCCUCCUCGUGUUUUCUCCCCCGCUCCCCGCCCACCAUAAGCACCUGCCGCUGAGAGUAAUUUUUCAGUUUUCCUUUCCCUCUCCCCGCGCCCCCUAUACCAGCGUGCCGUUGGGGGGUGAUUUUAUUUUUCCUUUUUGACCGAUUUAAUUUUUUCGUGUCCCCAUUGCUAGCAAGGCUGUUUGCAGUUCCCCUUCGCCAUCAUUUAACUUCCCCCACCUCUAUUAUUUAAACUUUGGGUCUCAUCUAAACUUUUUAUCUGGAUGAGAUGAAAGUGACGGUUUGCUUUGGAAAGACGGGGAUUGUGGUUCCUUGUAAGGAUGGACAGAUCCGGGUUAGAGACUUAACCCAGCAGGCUCUUCAGAGAUACCUGAGAACCAAAGAAAAGGAUCCUUCUUAUUGGGUGAACAUUCACCAUCUGGAGUAUACAGAUGGGGGAAUCCUGGAUCCAGAUGAUAUCCUGGCAGAUGUUGUGGAUGACAAAGACAAGCUGAUUGCUGUGUACGAUGAACAAGAUUCACUUCCCAAGUCUGAUGACACCAAUGGUAGUUUGAUGGAUGGAAACAGCCCAGAUGCUUUUGAGACUGAUGUAGCUGCCCAGCUGGCUGCAUUUCAGCCAAUUGGAGGAGAAAUUGAAGUGACACCUUCUGCUCUAAAGCUAGGAACACCACUUUUGGUAAGAAGGAGCAGUGAUCCGGCACUGGGUCCCCCUAAUGACUUCCCUGUAGGAACUUCGAAUGCCACUGACCAUGUUCUGAAGUCUUCUGUUUCAAGUUCGACACACUCACCUUCAGAAGAAUGGGAUUUUCCUACAUACACUGAAGCACUGACAUCUCAGAAAGCAAAAUUAGUUUUCAGUGGUGUGACAAAAAUGGUGGAGAUUUCUGGGGAAGGUGGCCCACUAGGCAUCCAUGUGGUACCAUACUUUUCAUCCUUAAGUGGAAGGAUUCUAGGGCUCUUUAUUCGUGGCAUUGAGGAGAAUAGCCGAUCUAAGCGGGAUGGACUUUUCCAUGAAAAUGAGUGUAUUGUCAGAAUUAACAACAUAGAACUUGCAGAUAAAACAUUUGCACAAGCACAAGAUCUCUUCCGGCAAGCAAUGAAAACUCAGAAUAUCAUCUUAGAGGUGGUUCCUCCAUACAACCGUGAACAAUAUGAGAAGUCUGUCAUCGCACCACUAUAUCCCCCAGAGAACACUGAACUUGUCUCAAAGACAAAGGUUCCACCUCCCAUCUAUCCAAAGCCAGUGACGAAGGAAGUAGACCUAUCUGGAAUGAACAGUCUGGAGUCUGGUGUGCAGUCAGGGCUACAUCAUGCCAAGAGCCCCAACUUUCCAAGAGUUAGUAGGAAGCCAUCAUCACCAUCUUUGUCACCACUGAUGGGUUUUGGCAGCAAGAAAAAUUCAAAGAGGAUAAGGAUAGAUCUCAAGAAAGGUCCUGAAGGACUUGGCUUUACUGUGGUUACCAGAGACUCUUCAGUACAUGGUCCCGGUCCUAUAUUUGUAAAGAAUAUUUUACCACGAGGUGCAGCAGUUAAAGAUGGCCGUUUGCAGUCAGGGGACAGAAUACUGGAGGUGAAUGGUAGAGACAUCACUGGCAGAACCCAAGAAGAGCUCGUAGCUACGUUGAGGAGCACGAAACAGGGUGAGAUCGUCUCCCUGAUCAUUGCUCGUCAGGAGGAAACCUUUCUUCCCCGAGAGCUGAAAGGAGAGCCUUACUGCAAUGUUCUUUCACUUGAGACUACAGAGCAACUGACCUUCGAGAUCCCUCUGAAUGACUCGGGUUCAGCUGGACUUGGUGUGAGCUUAAAGGGCAACAAAUCUCGAGAGAGCGGGGCUGAUCUUGGGAUUUUCAUCAAAUCGAUCAUCCAUGGAGGUGCAGCUUAUAAGGAUGGACGGCUACGAAUAAAUGACCAGCUAAUUGCUGUGAAUGGGGAAUCUUUGCUUGGAAAAUCAAACCAUGAAGCCAUGGAGACUUUGAGACGUUCCAUGUCUAUGGAAGGAAAUAUUCGUGGAAUGAUCCAGCUCGUUAUUCUCAGAAGGCUGGAUAAGCAAACUGAAGUGGAGUGCACAGAACCUGUUGCGUUUCAUCCAAGACUGGAUGCCGAAGGGAAUGUCCGCUUUGCGAGCGUUCCUAGACACAGCGAUGCUGCCGUGCAGUGCUUUGUUCCGUACAGCCCUCAGGAGAGGCUGAAAGAGCUUUAUACAUCUGAGAGUGGCAUGGCUGAAACUGAAUUCCCACCUCCUUUGCCUCCACAUCCAAGUGAUGAGCUGCUCACAGAUUAUAAUAAUAGCUCAACAACACAUUCAGAUGCAUAUUCACCAGAUCAGCACAUCAACUUCAGAACUCUGACACUGGCCAAGCAGGCGGAAUCAAUUAAUCUGAAAGCUUCCAAAAGCAUGGAUCUUGUGGCCGACGAAAGCAAAGUUAGCUUGUUGACUGGGCACAAACUAGAAUCUCCUGGCAAGGACAUUGGCCCCACCCUGGGCUUAAAGAAGUCGAGUUCGCUUGAGAGUCUACAGACAGCUGUUGCUGAAGUGAAAAAGAACGAGCUUCCUUUCUACAGACCCAGGCCUCACAUGGUGCGUGGUAGAGGGUGCAAUGAGAGUUUCAGAGCUGCCAUUGACAAAUCAUAUGAUGGGCCUGAAGAUACAGCUGAUGAUGGUACCUCUGAUAAGAGCUCUCUGUCUGGUCAGGAAGCUCAGAAUUUUGAAUCGGCCUUUCAUGUAAACUCUGAGUUGGAGGAUGCGGAAGGCAAGGCAAAGAAGCAUAAGAAGACCAAAGAAAAAUCAAAACUAAAAGAAAAGAAUAAAAAAACUAAUCUGAAGAACAAAUCAAAAAGUAAAGAAAAGGACAAGAAGGAAGAAAGUGAAGAUCUAGAGAGAAAAACAAAGAAGAAAGGUCUGGGUGCCAUGUUGAGGUUUGGCAAGAAAAAAGAAGAUAAAGGUCCAAAAAGUGAUCAGAAGGGAAGCUCCAGGCCUGGCACUCUCAGAGAAGAGGACCUAGAAAGGAUGAAGGAGGAACGAGAAAGGAUUGGGGCAAAGCAUCAGGAGCUACGGCAGAAGCAGACCAGAGCACUUGCAGAAUAUUCCACUGGUGCUGGGGGUCCACCCCCUGAUAUUGAUGAUGAUGAGACAGACCCAAAUUAUGCACGAGUGAAUCACUUCCGAGAAAUAUAUCCAGGGGUCAGUGCCUAUCAGCCAUCUUCUCCACCUGUUGCAGAAACGUUUGGGUGUGAUAACCCUCCAGCACCUGUCAACAGGGACCACUUGGAAGGACUGUAUGCACGGAUAAACAAGCCACCCCAUCAGCAUGCUCCUGUUGAGAGUGACCAUCCAGCUAUAGGAACGGCAGAUCGCAUCCAGAAGCUACGAAAAGAAUACCAUCAGGCAAGGCGAGAAGGCUUACCUUUCUAUGAAGAAGAAGAAGGCAGAGGAAGACGUACAGAUUAUGAUCAGCACUGGGUGUCUGGGAAAGUUCCAGAUGGGACUUCACACCACCUCCAGUUUGAAGGAAUAGAACGACAAUAUGCUUCUUUGCCCAGGCACGGUCCUAUAGAGCCAAUGGAGUAUUUAAAAGGGCUACGGGUAACAUACAAAGAGCGAGAUCUUCCUUACUAUCACGGAGGCCAGGCUGCAGUUCAUCCCUUCAAAGGGAGCUACAUUCAUCCACAAGAUGGACCAAGAGCAGCAGAGUUAUGGUGUCCUCAGUAUUACCCGCAGCAGUCAGUCGCACAGCACAAAGGACCGCUCCGCCAAGACGUGCCGCCAUCCCCACCUCAGGGCCACAGAGCUCUUUCGUAUAACGAAAUGGGCAGACCGGGCCAUCGCCGAACCAGUCCCGAUCAAUACCAGUACAAGCAUCAAGAUCCGAGGCAAAAGGACCCCAUGACUGCAGCCGUAUAGCCCAAGGCUGAACACGUUCUGAAGAAGUUGGAGUGCAUCUUACAGCUUGUCCUACUGAGCUUGUCCACCCCAAGGGGAGACAUCCUUUGACUCUGGCCAAUCCACGCUCAGGAUAGCCUCCUAAAUACAGUGCCAGCUUAUACAUGGCAGCACAUGACUUUUAGGUACUGAUGUAUCGGAAAGUAUUUUUUUAAAGGUUGUCUGUACACAGAAAGUGUUAGAUGAAGGAUAGGCAGAAUUUCUAAGCACAACACAAAGUGCCACUCAGGGCUCUUUGCAACUAUGCAGGUACUUAAGAAAUACCCUUGUUACAGGAAUAUGCUUUGGGGAGUUCCAGACACGACAUCCUGUUGGUCCCACUGUGUGUGCCCUCAGGAUGGCAGGCCCUUCCUCACUAAGACUUCCUCUGAUUGGAGAACUUGGGUAAUUCUAGGCACCCCUGGCAAAGGGCUUUACUGGGAGGUAGAAGCUAUUCAUGGUGUGGCCUACAAGUUGCUUUUGUCUUUUCCAUAUUGAAAAUAUUUAUUUCUCUUAGUCGUCUUUUUAAUUGGCUUUGGGAAAUUUCCUUUUUUUAAUUGCUCUCAUGUCAAAAUCUGCCUCACACGUGCACAUUGUGAAAACUCCUGGGAAGAGAUAAAGGAUGCAGUGUCUUACCUUUGGUUACCUGACAGUGGGAAGUUUCAGUCCAUUUGGGGGCCUGUGUGCAUCUGGAAAAAGCAGGCUCGUUGUUGGUAGUGUCUAAUGUACCUGCCACACAUCAGUUAAUAUUUCUGUGUCAAGGAUCAGCAACACCUGGCUGAUGAAAGAUCAAACCUGAGUUUUGAAGGACAUGAUUUGGUCUCUAGAGUUACCAGCCCAGAGACAAGAAGGCUGUGGAAUAUGUCUCAACAGCAAUCCACUUUUGGCAAGUGACGCAAUCAACCUGGUCUGCUACCUUCUUGAAGCAGUCCUCCUUUAAAACUGCUUGCUGACCAAGGUUGUAGGCAUGUACAGCACCUGGGUUCCCCAUUGGGGUUUCUGUGAAAGCAGGUCUUCUGCAGAUCCCAGAAGGAAGAGCCAGCCUCUGGAAGGGCUGGCUGAAUGCUACAGUGCCAAACAGUGUCCUGUUGGUGGCAUGGCAGGAAUCCUGUAGUACAACCGUCGGGGUGGGAGAUGUGGGGAGGCAGCAUCUACUUAAAAAAAAUAGAGAAUAGGUUGGUUAACUAAUGAAUCACUGGAAGAUGGGGAAUAGAAAAUUAAGAGAAGUUUUGAAUAAUUUCCAAUACAGCAACUAGGACAAAGGAGGAAAGGCUGUGUGGAAGGUAUUCUGGUGUUGCUGUGGUCUAUGAGUAGAAGAGAGGUUAGGCUUGGAGGGGUCAGAGGCAAGAAGAUGUAGUGCUUGAGAGUUGCUGCAAAGUACUGUUGUGGGGGGGAGGUUUCCUUUAAAUUCUGUAGAUGGUUUUUACCACCCAGUCUAAUGAGGCUACUAAAACUUCUUUCAGAUAGGAAUUUUGAACAGCUCCUGUGUGUUGUCUUAGUUUCUCAAAGUCUAAGUCCAUUUCAAACCUAUGCUUUAGUCCUUUUCCUUUUGACAGAAAGACCUUGAACCUGGCCAUGGAAUUCUAUCAGAUGAUCUGUUGGUUUUCUCUGGGUAUGCAGCAAAUUAACAGGAUUCAUUACACAGGUCAUCUCAUAAUUAUUAUAUAUUGCACACAGGGGUCAUCUGCAAGGCACAGCCAUUCAUCAUAUACCCUUUCUGGAAUGGCUUCAUUAUUCCAGGUGGCCUCGAGAGGCUUGGUGCCUAGUGAAUCUAUCACAGUACACACAUUUGCAUUGCUGCAUUGCUAAGCAUCAGCUUCUCCAGGGCCUAUGAAAGAUUCAGAGGGAUGGUGUGGAACGUGCAGGCCACACACUGCUGUCCAGAGCAUUAAUAUUCAGAUAAGUAAUUGAAUUUUAACCAAACUCACCCUUACAUCCAAAGCCCUGAGCAAUGAUUAGUGGGGUUUGAAUCCAAAGUUGUAUGCCACAUCCUUCUCUAAAAGAAUAAGCCCUCUACAUCUCCAAAUAGAAAUGAAUGAUGAGAAAUGUCAAGUCUGCUUCUAUGAUUAAUUUCAACAGGGAGAUGUCACCAAGAAAUGACUUUCCCAUGCACUUAUUGUAUGAUUACUUGUUCCUAAAAAGCACCCUCAUGUGGUAAAAUAGAGAUACCAUCAUUUAAAGGCCAAUAGCUAUUUCCAGUGGCUAAAUUUCAUUUUAAGUGGCUGUGAGUGGGUGACCAGUGAGUCAACAGCAAUUCUAUGUCAAUGUUGCUUUGGAUAAGUAUAUUUAUAUAAAUGGCCUUAAAUCUUGUUCAUCCCACUUUUAAGUAAACCACCCAGAGAGCUUCGGCUAUGGGCGGUAUAGAAAUGAAAUGAAUAAUAAAAAUAAUAAGUGGGUGACUGAUUUCCGCUCUUUAUGUAAUCAUGUUAGUUAAGAUUGUGCAGGCUUAUUGAAGAAUGACUGCUGAGUUGCUCACCCCUUGUGACACCUCUGCACUUGUAUCUUGUAAGGUAUCCAUGAUGAGAAAAUGAGGAAAGAAAAUAGUGGCUUGUUGUGAUUCCUAGUCCAGCAAAGUCUAAUUUUUAUAGUGGGUUGCACUUUCACUUUUCUACCCUAACGUAAAGUUCCCUAACCAAGGGGGGAAAGCUAUUUCUUGUGAUAUAUGCAACUUGUUCUGAAGAAACAUGAGUGUUUUCCACUUUCCACCAUUUAUAGUAUUGUAAACUAUGUCAUUUGUUUAGAGUAUUUUUGCUUACUCAUAAUAGUAUAAGUUACUGAAAAGUCAGUUCUUUUACACUCUGGAUUGCCAAUGCUUGACUUUUCUGGGUAACUGAGAUUGCAGGGCAGUCCCAGCCCAGCUGCCUUCUUGGAAAUCCAGACUUGGGCCUGAUCAUCAAAUGUGCCUGUGGAAAAGCUCCCUGUGUCAAAACUCUCCUACUUCACAUUAUGCUUUGCCUCUUGAACUCUUUUGGACGGCACAGAGGUGAAGAUUUGCCUCAAGUAUAUGCAGGCAAAGCAUUCAUUCAACUUUGAAUGCAAAGCAGGAUGGAUGUUGAGGAGGCCCUUCCAAAACCGAAACAUAUUCACUUUCCCUUUGGGAUGUAGCACACAUGUUUCUAACCUUACAGCCUUCAGUUCCUGUAAAAUAAACCAUAGAAACUACAGAGUCCUCAGAUGAACAAAGAUCUGGCAGCUAGACAACAAGGUGCAGAAAGGCCACUAGGAGUGAGAUGAGAUGUUUUAAAUGUACUUUGGUUUUAUAUAAACAUAUCCAAUGAUACAUUGGGAUCCUUCAGCAGGAGUAACUAAUGUUGAUGACGGUGGCUUUAUCUAGCCUAAUCACAAUUAAGAGAAGCUUUGGGAGAUAAGCUCUCGCCUUAUAAAUCACUGCCUCCCAGCCCUUUCUUGUGCUGCUUCAUUCCUGUUUACAAAGCUAACUGACAGCAUUUCAGGAGCAAGGGAUAAAUCCAAACUGGAUGGAAAGAGCCUGUCUGCGUUAUUUAUGGCCUUUGAAGCUUGUGCUCCAUUGUUUCCAUGUAACCUGAAACACCCCUCUAAAACUCCCAUUGACUGUGGUGGCUCCAUUUGGUGGGGCAAGACAGGUCAAAAGGAGACCUCCUUUGAGCUGUUAAUCUUUCCCAAUGGCUUAUUAAACAAUACUGCUUUUAGAUCAGUGGGAGACUUUUUCCCUUUUCUUAGGAAAAAAAGGACAUAGUCUUCUAAAAUCUUUUAAGAUAGAGAUGCUUCAUACCCUUAGCAAAAGCUCUUGACGUAUGGGGGGACAAGGAGCACAAGGAAUUGCGUGCCUUCCUCUUUGGUCCAAAGUUCCAUAUUUCUGACAGGAAAAAAGCAGUUGGCUGCUUUAAUUGAUGCACAGAGGUGUGUUCAUGUGUGUUUUGUGUGUGUAUGUAUAUAUAGCCUGCUUCUCUCUAUAAUGAAAAACAAAUUAUAUCGGCACCAUAUUGCAGACAAAUGUGUAGCGCACACAUAUAUCACAAGGUGCUAUAGCUGAUGGGAUGAAAAUAUACCACUUGCAACAACAAGAAAUUCACACGAGCUGCUAAGAAAUCAGUUGCUCUUUUACCCCCUGUGCCAGUAAUGGUAGGAAUAUUAUGGAUCGGAAAAGCUCCUUUCAUAUUGUACUUGGCUUCUGAAAGAAUCUGCCAAUCCAGUGGGAGCCAUGCCAGGUUUAAUCUGGGUCUCCUGGAUGGGAAACAAAACCUGAUCCUGAUUGAGUGGGUUCAGAGUGUUGGCCCACCCUGUGAAGAGGUGGGUUGUCUCUCUGAGCAAACUGAGGAAGAGGGGGGAUUCUAUUGGUCAUACAAUGCCUCACAGGCAUUAACUGACUAUAUUCAACAACACUCUUUCCAGCAUGCCCCCUCCCCAAAAAAGGAAUCUAAGGAGCAAACAGCAGUUGCUAGAAAAUCUUGAUGCAUUUUCUUCAAAGGCUGUCUGCCUCAAGUAAAACAUGCCAAAAGGGCCAAAGGGUUUGCACACACUGGAGCAGGGGUGCAAAAUUGUAAGGGAGUAGAAGGGAAGGACUACCACACUGGAUUCAGAUCAGAGUGGUCAAGAGCCCAGUUCCGGCCUUGUACAUUUAUUCCCCAAGUGCUGGGCUGGCUUAAGAAUUGCAUUUGGAACAGAUGCCUGGCUGAAAGCCCAUUAAAUUUACUGGAAUCAUCUGUGUUCUUUGGAUCAAACUCUUGUUGUAACCCCCCCCCACUUUCUUUGUUUAGUGGACUGUAUUUGUUAACUGUUGAGUGACUAAAGAUUCAAUAUAGAUACCAGCAGUUCCCUUCCCUGAAUCACCUAUAGACAUUCACUUAUGGUGAAAACAGAAAUUAGCAUCGGUCAUAACCAUUGAAAAGCUGGCUCUUGAGCAGUGUAGAGAACAGGAAGGGAAACUCAAAAUCAGCUUUCCAGAUUGUGUUCAGAAGUUCUACAUUCCAACCAAUGACCUUAUCCAGAAACAGCUUCACAUGCUGCCUAAUUUUUGUAUAGCCUGAAAAUGCUACCUCUCUCUCAAACUCCUAGAUGCUCUGCCAAGUGCUCUGGGGUGCACUCCAUCCCCCUUGUGGGAGCUAAGAUCCAUGUAUUGCCUUCCCAGAUCAGGCCCCUGAAUAUAACUUUUCAGGACUAUUCCAACCAUCUGUGCACUUACUUGGAGAGUCACUUGCUUCUCAGUGCAGAACCCAGAACUACUUUUUAAGCCUUCAGAUCACAAGCCAUCCAGUGCAGAUUAUUUCUUUUGUGAGUCCACUGUCUUCAGCAGUUGAACUGUAUUGGAAGCUACUCUGGUUUGCACAUUGCUACCCCUUUCUAUGCUUGUUUAGCUUUAAGAACAAACAACACUAUAUUUGUGUGUGUGUGUGUGUUGUUGUUUAAAAGUUUGGAAAAUUUAUUUGGCAAGGGAAAAUUGGGAUUUUCUUUGGUACCAGAAGAUAAAGUUUCAUCUUUUUGUUUGUUGUAUUUGUGAAUUCACAUGAAUGUUGUAUAUGUGAAUUCACAUGAAUUCUGAAUGGUCUUAUUUUGCAUUAAAAUAAAGGAUUUAAGAACAA